AUGUCUAUCCUCACGUAUUCGUUUUUCAUUCUAGCCUUUCUCGUUAUAAACUGUACAACAUGUAUACCUACUAUACCUCCAGAAGAAGUUGGUUUUGUGGAACGGGUAAUCCACCAGCUUGAAACUCUGCCAGACCCUCCUCCACCGGUUGCUCAAAUAAUUCCAGUCAUCCAAGUUAUCAAGAAAGAAAUUGCAAAAACGAACAAAGUAGUUAUAGCGAAAACAACAGAAGUAGCGGAAAAAGUUAAUAAACCAUUCAAAGAAGUCACUUCUGUUUUCGCGGGUUGUCAUGUUAAUCAGAUAAAGUUCACUUCUCCAGAAACGGGUAGAAAACUAGGAAAAACAAUCAUACCUCCCAUUCUAACUUGCGUCAAAACUUCACUUUUCGGAUGUGACACAGUUCGUUUAUCUUGUAUCAUCCCUCAAAAUUCAAAAUAUCCGUUGAUAUCAGGAUUCGCAAAAAUAGAUGGUGCAGACUGGGCUACUACAGAUUUAAAAGCAUCCAGAGCGGAUUUUCAGUUGGAGUGUGAUGUAUUCAACCGGUGGAUCUACAUAUCAGAUAUUCCUGGACUGGAAGGAAAAAUCUACCCAACUAAUGAAAGCUACAAUACGAUCCGGCGAGGCAUUGAUUGUUGGAGUUACAUUGUUGUCCAGGGAUCUGAAGUUCAAUCAAUUCAAACUGACAUAAGUUCUUGUCGUCCACAUACCACAAAGUUAAUUCUGACAAUUUGUCCUUGUCCACAUCCACUUGGAUUACAGGCACAGUUAUAUGGGGUGCAUCCUGGUUCCUCUCUGCUUGGAGUCACAGUUGGAACAAUCACAGUGGUUGAUGGUGCUGGAGUGGUGGUUCUAGUGGUGGAAGUACUACGAACCUCGGUGGUAGUAGUGGUGGUGGUAGUCGUGGAAGGUGUAGUUGGGAUUGGAGUAGUAGUGGUUGUCGUUGUGGUCGUUGUGGUCGUAGUUGGUUCGGUAGUAGUGGUUGUGGUUGUUGCUUCAGUUGUAGUGGUGGUCGUUGGAGCCUCGGUGGUUGGUGCGACAGUGGUGGUGGUUGUGGUAGUGGCCACUGGUACACACUUCGUUGUGGUUUCUGGAGCUGGAGUUGGAAGCUCGGUUGGUGCGGUUGGAGCAACUGGCGUUGUGAUUGGUACUGUUGGAACUGGAACUGGAACUGGUGCUGAAAAUCUUUCAGAUGAACACACAUUCACAAUAAAUAAGAAGCUAACCUUCGUGACAUGGCGGCAAAGCACAAAGAACCGGAGUUCUCACAACUUGUGGAACAAAUUCAUGUUAGUUCAAGAAUAG